GAUUGACAUGUUGUUGUGAUCAGAAACCGGUUUGGCCCAGCAAGGAGCUGCCGGAGUGCGGGAUGUGGCCCCGAAGAUGCCGGGUCCUAAGACCUCAAUGGGGAAGGGGCCGCAGCAGUCACUGUGAAUAUGCUGCUUAUCACCCAUCACCCAGCAGGGGGAGACUGUGAGCCUUCUUCCAUCAGGCACCAGAUUCCCCCUGAAGUAUAACCCAUGGCAGGGAUGGCAGUGGAGGACCUCGGCGCCUCCCGGUGUGGGAUCACCCCACUGCAACAAAUAAUAGCCUCAGGAACCGGUGCUCUUCUCACCUCGCUCUUUGUGACUCCUCUAGACGUUGUGAAGAUCCGACUGCAGUCACAAAAGAAACCAUUCUCCAAAGUAAUGUCUGUAAAGUCUCUUCCCCGGGCACCCCCCUUGCGCCACCCCACAUGGCGCUGUUUCCUGUACUGUAAUGGUCUCAUGGAUCAUCUCUUUGUGUGCCAGCAUGCUACAGCGUGUAGCACCUGGUAUAGAACACCCAACCACUUCCACGGCACACUGGAUGCUUUUGUGAAGAUAUCGCGUCAUGAGGGUUUAACAUCACUAUGGAGUGGUCUUCCACCAACAUUGGUGAUGGCUGUGCCUGCAACCAUAAUCUAUUUCACCUGUUAUGAUCAACUGAGGGAUUUUCUGUGUUACAACAUGGGAUACAGCGGCAGUCACAUCCCUCUCGUUGCUGGUGCGCUUUCCCGCUUGGGUGCAGUUACAGUCAUAAGUCCUCUAGAGUUGAUCCGUACAAAACUGCAGUCUCGACAGCUUUCAUACAUUGAGCUAGGAGCCUGUCUGCGUUCUGCUGUCUCUCAGGGGGGAUGGCUGUCACUGUGGAAGGGAUGGGGACCUACAGUUUUGAGGGACGUCCCAUUUUCAGGUCUUUAUUGGUUUAAUUAUGAGCUUGUGAAGAGGAAGCUCAGUGACACUUGGGGGUCAUCAGAGGCCCAGUUUCUCAUCAGCUUCACAUCAGGGGCCGUGUCAGGAGCUGUGGCAGCUAUUCUCACUUUGCCGUUUGACGUUGUAAAAACUCACAGACAGAUUGAACUUGGAGACUUGGAAAUAGGGUCAUCAAGACGUCAAAGGUCUUCCACUUGGAGGGCCAUGCGCACAAUCAAAGCAGAAUCUGGCGCCCGUGGACUUUUUGCAGGAUUCAUGCCCCGAGUCAUCAAGGUUGCACCAGCCUGCGCCAUAAUGAUCAGCUCUUACGAAUUUGGGAAGACUUUUUUCCAAAGGAAGAACCAGGAAAAGCUUCAGACGCUUUAAAAUGCACGAAAAUUACAACCGACCAAAUUCUAGCUCUUAAAUUCUAGCAUCCAAGUCUGGAUUAAGAAGUACUGUGCAGUACAUGGUGGACCAUUUCCAGGCUGAUUUUGUGGACCACAGGCUACCUAGAAAGCGCCAGUAGUUAUUCCUAUUAGUAAGCACUUAAAACAGAGUAUGUGGAACCCAACAGCCUACAAUGGUCAAGUUAUAACCACUGGCUAUAUCUGACAACUAAUUCUAAUAAUACGAAUGCCCAGAGGUCCAUACAGAUCUUAGUCAAAGGGUAGAAAUUAAGUAGAAUUUUUGGCAUUUCCAUUGAACAGAAAGGCUUUGUUUAAUGGUUGGAGCUUUGUCAAAAAUAUUUUCACGGGGACUUAUCACUAUGACCAAGUGUCCUGUAGCUAAUCUUCAGACGUUAAAAUAUGCAAACCUUUUUGAACUUGUUUCCAAAUGUUGUAUCCUAGCGAUAUGCCCCCAUUGACUGAGAUAGGAAUACCCCUUUUAAUGGCCUUUUAGUUCAACUUUUUAAAUACUGCCUUUCCUGGCAAUGGGAAUAUCCUUUUUGAAACUGGCUUCAAGUUUUAUUAUCAAAUGAUCUUUUAAGUGUUUGUUGAGGUUCAGGUUAUAUUUCACAGCUACAUGCUAUCUAAGGUACUGGUCUUUUUGAAAAUGGGUCAUGCACUAAACUAAAGAUCAUACCUUAGACUCCAGGCCUUUAAUCUGUUCGUUUGACUGAAUUUUGACCAUGGAGGAUCAAGUGUGGAACCUUGAGCCAUUAAUUUGGUACCAGGCAGAAGAAGACAUUAGGUCGCUGUAAAACUAUAAAUGCAGCAGCCGAAUAUUUUGGAGAGAGGUGGCUGAAAGCAGAGACCUUGGACUGUAUGUUUAGAAGGAGACUUGAAAUCAGAGACUAAAAUUAAAUAGCUCUAUGUAACACCCCCCCCCCAAGUCUUCACUCAUUCCCUGGUCACCACACCAUCAAACUCCUGUCCCAUAAUGGAUGUCGCUGGAGCAACAUGUACGUUGAGAUGUCCUAUGAAGUGCCUAUACUCGUGUAGGAAGUUUUCCUCCACUACUGCUGCCCCAGCUUAAGAGUAGCAACACAAGAGAUGGACUUGCACAACUUCCUUCUCUUCUUUCCUGUCAUAGAUUGACUUUCUAAUGUUUUUUUUUGUACUGUUCUGUUGCAGUCUUCAUAUAAUGGAUAAAAUUGUAUUGUUUUUCUAUGGGUAGCUAAAGUCGCAGUCUGUUUUGUGAUCAUUGGUGACUACAUAACUGCCACGUGGUGCACUCUUCCAAAUCCAGGAGUAUUUUUGGGUCAUCUUCUCGGUCACUGGGUCAAGUCCCGAUAGUUUUCCUUGAUAUCAAUGCACUUGUUUCCCACACAAGGAGAUUGCUUACCACCCUCCAAGAUAGACAUUUAGGAUCUCCAUUGCAUCUUGGUGCACAUAGAAUAAAUGGCAAAAGAAAACCGAAUUUCGUGUAUCGGGAAAACAUUCUCUCUAGUUUUAUUAUAUUGGACUCUGCUGAUUGAUAUUUGGCCCAUAAUGAAUUCCGACUUACGACUUUCAAAGAUAAAUUCGCUGUAAAGCUGGGACUACAUGGUGACGUCUUCAUACUUAAAGGGGUUAUCCUAGCCUUGAUCCCAGCCUGGUUCCCACCCACAAUGCUCGCGGGUUGCAUCUGCUCAGUCACUCACCUCCGGGAUCAUGUGCUGUACAUUUCAGCAUGCAACCCUAGCCCAGUUUCCACUCACAAUGCUAGCGGGUUGCAUCUGCUCAGUCAGGCAGCCUCCGGUGCAGACGGUGUUCACAGCGUCCGAGGCUUCCUGACUGCGCAGGCACAACCCCUGUACAUUAUGGGUGGAAACCGGGCUAGGGUCGCAUGCCCAAGCACAGCACGUGAUCCCGGAGGUGCCUGCAAAGGAAUAAGACCUGGUAGCCUGGCACUUGCCCAGUGUGGGAGGGUACAUCAUCGUAAGUCUGGGCGUUGUGGGCAUGUAGAGAUAUAUAUACAUAUUUUUUUUUUUUUUAAAAGAGCCCCUUUAAGUUACGAUACAAUUGUGGAAUGACCGUGACCCCCUUCAAUGUUUCCCUAUGGGAAGUAAAGUUGUAAUAACCUCUGGAAAAAGUCUAAUCGAAUCAACCAAAUGCUGAUCUGUAGCCCUUAUGUAGAGCUCUGAGAAUAGACGCUUCAGUGUUCUUAUUCAUUACUUACUAAACGACAACGGGUCCAGUUUAAUACUUAGAAUUCUUAGGCCUAGUUCACACUUCAGUGUUUGGUCAGUGAUUUCAAUCAGUGAUUUGUGAGCCAAAACCAGAAGUGGAGCCUCCACAGACAUGAGGUAGACGGGAAAGAUCUGCUCCUGUUCUAUGUUUAGAGCUGCACCUGGUUUUGGCUCACAAAUCACUGAUGGAAAUCACUGACUAAACACUGAAGUGUGAACGAGGCCUUAGAAUGGAGGAGUCAUAUGUGUUUUCACCAGUGGUUCUCGAAACAAAACUGACUGCAACUUUACUAUGGGGAAAUCAAACUCUUUCACUGCCACCAUUGCAGGCAUAUAUGGCAAAGAAAGGUUUCAACUGCUGAGCGGUUUACAUAGAUAUAUAUCUGACACGUCACUAUAGGGUAGUGCCUGUGGGAUGGCAAGGAAUGGGUUAAAGCAUCAGAGAUGACCAUGGGUUGGUAUCAGACAGCCCCUACACACCGCAUUAUAUUUGUGGUCGAUAAAGGUAGGAGUUGUAACUGAAUCGGCCAUUUUGUUGGCUCGACCAUCAUGUUACAAGGGCUCCAUCAGACAGCUGUGAUGUGACCACAGAUCUAAUGACCUGAACCAUCAGCGUCCCGAUCAUUAGACCUGAGGUCAGGCCGGGAUUUUUGGACACUAAAAUGGCGGCUACGUUGCUGCUGUCUGAAUGGGGCUUUUACCUCAGUGCAAUUAUUAUUUCCUAGGCCAACAAGAUGGCCGCCCCCUGCUGCCAAUUUAUCACCCAUGGACAGUUUAUUUUCUUUUGUAGGUUUUCUUUUCAUUGUAAGAAUUAGCUGAGGUAGAAUUUGCUCCUUCAAGAUGACAUUCUUUAUAUAUUCACCGAUUGGGGGAAGAAACCUUCCUUUACUCCGUUUAUUUCCUGAACUAGCCUUGCUCAGAAAGGAAAUAUGGAAGAGAACAUUAAAGGGGGUUGGGCAGCGGCUUAAUAUUGAUGACCUAUGCUCAGUAUAGGUCAUCCAUUGUUAAUGGGGUUGUGCAGCCAGUAAUUUUGAUGACCUGCACCGCUACCCCUUCAAACAGGAGUUGGACCCCCACCGAUCAGAUAUUGAUGAAAUACUCUGAGGAUAGGCCAUCAGUGUUAACCCACUGCACAACCCCUUUAAAGGGGUAUUCCCAUCACAGACAAUGGGGGCAUAUUGCUAUUAUAUGGCCCCAUUGUCUCAUAGGUGCAGGUCCCACCUCUCGGACCCGCGCCUACACGGAGAACAAGGCUAGGAAGGUGGCGGAGGGUGCACUGCACAGCUGCCCUCCAUUCAUUUCGAUGGGACUGCCAAAAAUUGCUCGGUUAUUUCCAUCAGUCGUGAAUGGGAGCAGUAGCCGCACGAGAGCGGUGCACUCCCAUUCACUUGUAUGGGGAGAGCGCUUGGCGAGGGACGGACCCCAGGAAAUUCAGGGUCUUCCAGACACCACUCUCAGCGUAGGUGCCCCUGCACCUAUCAGACAAUGGGGGCAUAUCCUAGUGAUAUGCCCCCAUUGUCUGUGAUGGGAAUACCCCUUUAGGACACAUGUACAUUUUUCUUUCAGGUUAUACAAUACAUUACUUAUAAUUAGGGUCCGAUAAUAUGUGCGCUUAGGUUAUAUGGGAGCAAAUGCUAUAUUAGCUAUAGGCAGGCAUCCGUUUGGUUUCUCCUUGUCUCACGGUGUCAGUUGUCAGACCACUGUUUUGCUCCACAGAAGUUCAGACACAAGUUGCGGUGGUUUGUAGUCAUGAUGUUCACUGUUAAUAAACUGCAUUUGAUGCAUGGA